AUGGUAAUGAUGCGCUACGUGCUGUGUAUCCUCGCUCUCCUGCUCUCAUGUGCGUGUGUGCACGUCCUCGCUGAAGAAGUGCCUGCCGCCGAUCUUUCCGACCAAGUCCCUGAUACGGAGAGUGAAACAAAGAUUAUUAAUCAUGGUACUCAGUGCGCUGAUGGUGUUCCUACUGGUACUUCUGCUGAUUGUGCUCUUCCAGUUGUGCAACGUGAAGGUAGUGGUGUUGCUUCGGUGUGCACUAAUGGUACUACUGGUAAAACGGGUGAAUGUAAUUCUCUUCUUGAGAAACCUGUCCUUGGUGCUGAUGGUUCUCUGUGCCCUCCUGGUACUCCUGAAGGUGCUCAAGGUAAAUGUACUCCUCCUGUUGAGAAAAGUGAACGAGUUGUUGAAACUUUGGAGUGCCCUCCUGGUGAAACUUCUCGUACUCAUGAAGGUACUUGUCCUUCUGUAAAACAACCAGCAGAACUAAAUCCAGCACUACCACCACAACAGGAACUACAACCACAACCCGAUCUUAAUCCUGGGGGCACAGAUAAUGUCAGUCUACCAGCAGGAAGUGAAGGCCAAGGCAAUACGUCAUCCACAGCAGGUAAUGUAGACUCACAGAGACCACAACAAAACACAACGGAAGGAGAGGCAACUGCUUCGACUGAAGGCACAACCUCAUCUGGAGACGUUGGUUCCAACAACACCAACCCACAAACUCAGCCGGAAAGUGUAAAUGAAGGUGGUGAAAGUAAUCCCGGUAAUCAGGCUACUGCAGCUGCAGAUACGACUGGCACAGAAGGUUCACGGGAGAAUGGCAAUGCUGAUUCAACCACCACCACCACCAUAACAACAACACUUCCUCCUGAGACUGCAAAUAACAAGAAGGGUGAUGCAGACAGCAGCAGCAGUAUCAGCAGUUCUGUGUGGGUGCGUGUACCACUACUGAUUGUGGUUACACUGUCCUGUAUUCUUGUAUGCUGA